AUGAACGGUAAAUCGAGAUUGAUCAAGGAUCUAGCUUCUCGUCACGUUUACUUGAGCUAUAUGUGCUUGGGCAGAAGAGUCGGUUUUGGAUAUCCUAGCCUUCGUUUCAGUCAGAGUAUUAAUAGUAUCAGUGGGCUGGGAUAUUUGGACUCCCAUGAUGCAGUCGAUUUCGCUGGAGAUGUUUUGCUAUUCCUUGUUUGCACACUUCAAGUGAUCGUCGAAGGACUAGAACACAACGAUGACAAUUAUACAACAGUGGAGAAAUUCUGGACUUUCCAAGAGACAUUGUCAGUCUUCGAGCAAACUGUAGAGAGGAGCUUUGCAGACAAGAAACGUUCGGAAAAAGAUAUAUGGCAGUCCCCCUCAGCUAUUACUGUUACGCAAGAUAAUCUGAUACUCUCUCAGGAAAUACAACAGCUACUACGAAGCGAAUGGGCCAAAUACAGCACAGCACUAAAGGGGAUCAAGGACACGAAUAUAGAAAAGUACUUUGUGCUCGCUAUCGAUGACGCUGGCGUUCUGAAUAUGAAAUAUGAUCAAAGUUUAAUGAGCUUCUCUUAUUUUCAAAUGUUCAAAAAAGUGGCACAUUGCCUUGUGGCUGAAGAUCUAUGGGGUGGGUUUGCCAUAGUCCUCGCGAGUACCUCAGCUCUUCGUGAUUAUGAUGUUUCUUACAGUGAUUCAGUUUUAAUGGACGUUGAGACCUGGUUCGACCUAGACACCUUCGAUAUGCACGUACGAUGGGAUGAAAAACCGCUUACCUUAGACUUCAGUGACAUUGGAACCUUGAGAUUCUAUGCCAAGUUUGGUAGACCCAUGUGGAAGCAGUACGUUGACCGUGGGCAAGAGAGCGAACUUUUAGCAGACGCCAGUGCUAAGCUCAGGGGAAGAUACACUGAAUGGCUAUCAAAGCAUCACACGCUUCUCGUGAUAUACGCUCCGGUCAUGAAUCUCGAUUUUCGUACAGCGGAAAGCUUGGUAGGAUCUCGAAUGGCCACAGUCCUAAGUGUGUCUGAUCAACGUGAUGUUCUCAAGGUAGGAUAUCCUAGUGAACCUAUUCUGGUCAUGGCAGCCCAUAAAAUCUUGCAAGGCGAAAAUGACCUUGAUCUUAUUUCACACCUGCUUAGCGACAAGGUCCUGUCUCCUGCGAAUGCUAGUGAAUUUAUCGCGAGAUGGAUGUUGCUGGAUGUUCUGAAAACUGCAGGUUUGCGCGAUGGCUUACAGAGCAAUUACUGUCGUGUUCGUGAUCUUUUCAAUGGCCUCAAUGAAAAGUAUCACGUCACCUGUAGCUCUGGCCAUCCAAAUGAACAUCAGUUACUUAAUGAGAGAAUACAUAUCAACCACUGGAUGACUCUUGAUUCUGAGUGUACUAUACGGAUGUUGGCGCUCGGAUUCUUGAGAGGCUGUGGAUUUUGCUUUGAAACAAGAGACAGAGAUUUUGAUCUCAUCAUCCCCAUAUAUUUGGAAAGCCGACAGGUUGACCUUACAAACAUCAGACUCUUUGAAGGGGACGAGGAUAGUCAAUGGGGAUUAGCAGAGUUAAGUUUAGUAUCUCAAGCAUUCAGUGUUCUUCUCAUUCACGUCAGUAAGAACGAAUAUUCGCGUGGCGGUCAUUACGUCUCCAUUCACGAUAAAAUGGUUGAAGAGGUGGAACUGAUAUUUGGAAGAUACAAGCCAUGUAUUAGUUUGCAUAUGAAUUUGGGAGCAGAUCCACCCUCCGCUCAUGAACAGGAACCCAGGUAUAGUGUGAACUGGGCAAAUGUCUUUGCAAAUCAAGAAGAUUGGGCUGAUAUCCAUAUGCAAGAAAGAGAGGCUGUGUUAGCUCAAGAUUUUAAUCUUGCCUUUGACCUUUAUGUCACAGCCCACAACAAUUCAAACAGCGAAUUCAUUGAUAGAUUGCAGAAUGUAGUUAGCUUGUCUGUAGAAGGUAGUGAGAGUCCUUCAGAGAAGAUUACGUUGCAAAGGAAUGCGUCGACUGGUUAUCGUAAACAGACAGAGGCGAUUAGGGAAGCUCGUCAAAAGAGACAAGAGCAGCAGCACAAUCUAACAGAAGGCAAUGAAGGCCAGCGACAUCAUGAGACCCAAGUAAUAGGGAUGUCCUCUAUUGUUAGUCGAUUACGCCCUCGCCCCGCAAACCAACUGUUGGAUAAGCCUAGCUCUGCGGUUAAUGCAGAGGAAUCAUUGGCACCUGACAAUUCAGAAAGUAAAGAACCGACAAACGGAGUGAAAGCCCUUAAGCGAAGGGCAGCUCCUGUAAAUCGUCCUAGAAGACGUCGAGGAUCUGGUCCUAGAUAA